AAAAAAAACAAAAAAAAAACGAGCAACAGGAUUUACUACCUCUGUCGAGAGAGAGAAGAGAGAGAGGGUGUGAGUUGGCCGUCGCAAGAGAGAAAGGAUCUCGCCGCAUCACCACCCCAUUGCCGGAGAAGAAGACCCGGUUGUACGCCGGGCUGGUUCACGCUAGAGGAAGAGGAGAAGCUGGAGUUUUUGCCACCGGACCUAAGUGCUGCCGCUGAGCAUCACGGCAAUCCACCAACCAGUCACCGUGGAGAAGCAGUUCGCCGGAGUGGAACCCGUCUGUCGGACGGAAGAAGGAAGCUGCCGGAGUCCACUGGGACUUCUGUGCGGAGGAGAAGGACAUCGUCGCUCGUAUUGCCGCUACUCCCUACGUCGCCAGAACUGUUUUGCGGAGAAGACAACAAAGCAAGGUGAAUUUGGAGAAGAUCGAGGUAGAAGCUUCGGAUAGGAAUUAUCGUGAUUCGAGACAAUGAAGUCAACAAGAAACAAAGUAGAAGACAAUGUCGCCGCACCGACGAAUGCGGAGUUGGCUCAAAAUAUGGUUCAACUCAUCCAGACUAUCGGGAGUGUGUUAGUUCAGAACAAACACCAACAACGUCUCAAAAACCGCAAUGAUGUAGCGAAACUUGUAGCGAAGCGCAAUCCACCGUGUUAUUUAGGCCAAGAAGAUCCUCUCAUCCUUGAGGAUUGGAUUCGCACUUUCGACAAACUUUUCGAUGCUAUAAAUUGCCCUGCAGAUCAACGAAUUAAUACGGCUGCGUACUAUCUACGUCAAGAGGCAGACAAUUGGUGGGCCACGACUGCCCCAACGUUGCGUCAACAACCCGACUUUUCUUGGGAGACGUUCAAGGAGGCAAUGCGAAAAAGAUUCUACCCAGAGCACGUGAGAGCUGAGAAGUAUGAAGAAUUUUUACACCUGAAGCAAAUAGGCAUGACUGUUCAAGAGUACCACUCUAAAUUCUUGAAUCUCGCACGAUUUGCACCCACGCUAGUUCCCGAUGAAAUCGAGAAAACAAAUAAGUUUAUACGCGGUCUGAACUUCGAGACACAAAAAGCUCUUUGCGUUUCAGAAUGCCAAACGUUGAACGAUGCCUACAACAAAGCUGGCAAGCACUAUCGAGUGCAACAACUCCAGAAGAAAACACUCAAGAGAG